AAUUUAUCUUGUACCUUUCGGUGCCAUUCCGUCUCUCUUUCAUAUUUGUCACCCUCCAUCUUGUGUUUUCGCACCUGGUCGCUUCUCUGGAUCUGUCAACUUCGACCAGUAGCAAAUCCGACAGACAUUAAGAAUUCCCUGCCCUCUCUCAUCUCUGAUCUCAUCGGCUUCCAAGCCACGACGCUCCACCUCUGGGAGAUGCAAUCAUGACUGAUAUUAUGGUGAACGGCCGUCGUGAGAAGAAUAUCCCAGCUCCACCUGUUGACUCAAGGUCAAGGCCAGAAUCUCCUCCGCCGCCUCCGCCAGACGCGAAUCUUCCUCCUCCACCUCCGCCGAUCUCUUCUGAUAUUCCCCCUCCUCCGCCUCCUACAGAAAAUGGACAAACUCCCCAGCCACCAAAGAAGAAGGGGUGGGGUGCUCCAAAGGUCCCUAAAUCAACCCCUUUAAGUGUCGAGGAACUGCUACAGAAAAAGCGCGAAGCGGAUCUCGCAGCCAGCAAGCCAAAGUUCCUGUCCAAGGCAGAACGAGAACGCAUCGCUCUCGAGAAAAGGGCCAGAGAAGCCGAGGCUACCAAAGCGGUAUCAACCCAGAUCAGGCCCAUUCACAGCGACCUAUCCAAAUCACAAUCUGCUCCAGAGUCCCCCAAACCCCACCCCUUCCCUGCCGGCCCCAAAGCCCAGAGAAAUGGCGACAUUCCCACAGGCCCAGCAGCCAUGCGGGGGAGGGAUCGCAACAAGGACUCGAAUUUGACCCCACCCGUCGCGCCCAAGUCAGUGGCUUUUGGCGGAGAUUCCAAGGCGCAGAAGCGUCCGGCCGCUGAAGACAAGAGUCUGAGUAAAGAGUCGGACUUGAUUCGCGAGAGAUACAUGGGCGCAGAUAUGAAUGUGUCGACUUUUUCCGCCUUGAAAAAACGCCGUCGGACGACGGAGAAAAAGUUCAAUUUCGAGUGGAACGCCGAGGAAGAUACGACACCCGAUUACAAUCCAUUGUAUGCCAACCGAGCAGAGGUCAACUUCUAUGGUCGCGGAAGGCUCGGUGGAUUCGAUGAUCAAGUCGCCGAUGCAGCAGCCAAGAAAUACGCCGCAGCGUUACAGUCAAGAGACGUCGAAGGAGGGGCGACCCGGGCUCAGGAGAUUCUGGAGAUGGAGCGAAGAAGAAAAGAGGAGUCCCACCGGAUGGCGAUUGACAAGCACUGGAGCGAAAAGAAGCUGGAGCAUAUGCGAGAACGUGACUGGCGCAUCUUCAAGGAAGACUUCAACAUUGCAACCAAAGGAGGUGGGAUUCCAAACCCCAUGCGAAACUGGAAGGAAUCAAAUCUGCCCCGACGGCUGCUCGAGAUUAUCGAGCAAGUGGGCUAUGUCGAGCCGUCGCCCAUUCAGCGUGCUGCCAUCCCCAUUGCACUUCAAAACCGCGAUUUGAUCGGUGUUGCUGUGACGGGUUCGGGUAAGACGGCGGCGUUCUUACUUCCGUUGUUGGUCUACAUCGCCGAACUGCCUCGACUGGACGAAGAUGACAUGCGGCGGAAUAAUGGACCUUAUGCCAUUAUUCUAGCGCCCACCCGUGAAUUGGCCCAGCAGAUCGAGACGGAAGCAAAGAAAUUUGCCAAUCCGCUCGGGUUCACGGUGGUGUCGAUUGUCGGCGGUCACAGCAUUGAAGAGCAGGCGUACAACCUGCGCAAUGGAGCGGAAAUCAUCAUCGCCACUCCCGGCCGAUUGGUGGACUGCAUCGAGCGGCGAAUCAUCGUGCUCGAACAGUGUUGCUACGUCAUCAUGGAUGAAGCCGACCGCAUGAUCGAUCUGGGUUUCGAAGAUCCCGUCAACAAAAUCCUGGACGCGCUGCCGGUCGGUAACGAGAAACCGGACAGCGAAGCGGCGGAAGAUGCGCGGGCCAUGUCGCGGCAUCUCGGCGGCAAGGACCGGUAUCGGCAAACCAUGAUGUAUACGGCGACGAUGCCUACAGCGGUGGAACGAAUUGCGAGGAAAUACCUCCGUCGGCCGGCGAUUGUGACGAUAGGUAACGUGGGAGAAGCCGUGGAGACGGUGGAACAACGGGUGGAGUUUGUGGCGGGCGAAGAGAAACGCAAGAAGCGACUGGGCGAGAUCCUGAACUCGGGAGAAUUCCAAGCGCCCAUUAUUGUGUUCGUCAACAUUAAACGCAACUGCGAUGCUGUGGCGCGUGACAUCAAGCACAUGGGCUUCAGUUCGGUGACAUUACACGGAUCCAAGACGCAGGAGCAGCGAGAAGCAGCAUUGCAGGCUGUGCGUGACGGCAAGACAGACGUGCUUGUGGCGACAGACCUGGCGGGCAGAGGUAUUGACGUACCAGAUGUCAGCCUGGUGGUCAACUUCAACAUGUCGAACAACAUUGAAAGCUACACGCAUCGGAUUGGUCGAACAGGUCGAGCAGGCAAAAGCGGAGUUGCGAUUACAUUUUUGGGCAAUGAGGACACGGACGUCAUGUAUGAUCUCAAGCAAAUGCUGCAAAAGAGCAGCAUCUCACGGUUACCGGAGGAGCUGAGGAAGCACGAGGCUGCACAGCAAAAGAAUCAACGGUCAGGAGGAGGGGGUGGGAAGAAGGGAGCGAGUGCGGCAGACGAGAGUGGAGGAUUUGGAGGGAAUAGCACUAGUGGUUGGUAGAUGAGAUAUCAUUGUAUCAGUUGUAAUCUUGUACAACAGCAACAAGCAUGUCUAAGUACAGCUAAUUGAUAUCUUUGCUCUCGUGUUUCAAA